GGGGCGCGCAGGCGCAGAGUGCGCUUGGGUGUCCAACAUGGCUGAGGUGCUGCUGUUGCUGCUUCUCUUGCUGGAGCAGAGGGCAGGAUGCUGAGUUCCCCAGCAGCCAGCAGCAGCCUCAGUAGUGGCAGGGGCGGUGGGGGCUGAGGCAGGCUCUUCUCAGCCAUGGCUAGGUUGGCUGACUAUUUCAUUGUGGUGGGCUAUGACCAUGAGAAGACAGGCUCAGCAGAAGGUUUGGGGAAAAUAAUUCAGAGGUUUCCUCAGAAGGAUUGGGAUGACACUCCCUUUCCACAGGGAAUAGAGUUGUUUUGUCAGCCUGGAGGAUGGCAGUUGUCCAGAGAGAGAAAGCAGCCUACAUUCUUUGUGGUGGUUUUGACCGAUAUAGACUCAGAACGGCACUACUGUUCAUGCUUAACUUUCUAUGAAGCAGAGAUCAACCUGCAGGGAACAAAAGAGACUGAAGGUGAAGAAGAGGAGUCUGGUUUAAUUCAACCUGCUGAAGUAUUUGCUCCCAAAAGCCUGGUGUUGGUGUCCAGACUAGAUUAUCCAGAAAUUUUCAGGGCUUGCCUUGGCUUGAUCUACACUGUGCAUGUGGACAGCCUGAAUGUGUCCUUGGAGAGUCUCAUUGCAAAUCUCUGUUCAUGCCUGGUCCCUGCAGCCGGAGGCUCUCAGAAAUUGUUUUCAUUGGGAGCAGGAGACAGACAGCUGAUACAAACCCCUUUACAUGAUAGCCUUCCUGUUACCAGUACCAGUGUGGCUCUUCUUUUUCAACAAUUGGGAAUCCAAAAUGUGCUGAGCUUGUUCUGUGCGGUCCUUACAGAAAACAAGGUUCUCUUUCACUCUGCAAGUUUUCAGAGGCUCAGUGAUGCCUGUAGAGCACUGGAGUCUUUAAUGUUUCCUCUCAAAUAUAGUUAUCCCUAUAUUCCAAUUCUCCCUGCACAGCUGCUAGAAGUUCUCAGUUCACCAACGCCUUUCAUUAUUGGUGUACAUUCCAUCUUUUGUGCUGACAUUCAUGAGCUUUUGGAUGUAAUUAUAGCAGACCUGGAUGGAGGCACAAUUAAAAUUCCUGAAUGUAUUCAUCUAUCUCAGCUCCCAGAGCCACUGCUACAUCAAACUCAAACAGCUCUUUCUUUAGUUUUACACCCCGAUUUGGAAACGGCAGAUUAUGCAUUCCCUCCACCACGAACAGGUUUAUCACACUCAAAAAUGCUGGAUAAAGAAGUACGAGCAAUUUUCCUGAGAUUGUUUGCACAACUUUUCCAAGGAUACAGGUCAUGCCUUCAGCUGAUCAGAAUUCAUGCUGAACCAGUUAUACAUUUUCACAAGGCGGCCUUUUUGGGCCAGCGAGGCUUGAUUGAGAAUGACUUUCUCACCAAAAUUCUCAAUGGAAUGUCAUUUGCUGGUUUUGUGUCUGAGAGAGGUCCUCCCUACAGAUCCUGUGAUCUCUUUGAUGAGUUGGUAGCUUUUGAAGUGGAAAGAAUUAAAGCUGAGGAAGGUAAUCCACCAAAAAUGAUGAAGCACGUCAGAGAGCUUGCAGAACAGCUGUUCAAAAAUGAGAAUCCAAAUCCUCACAUGGCAUUCCAGAAAGUUCCACGGCCCACGGAGGGAUCCCAUUUACGAGUUCAUAUCCUUCCUUUCCCCAAAAUUAAUGACAGCCGGGUUAAGGAGCUAAUUCAAGAAUGCCUGGCUAAGAACCAAAGUGCACCACCAGCUACUCGGGUAGAAAAAAAGUGUGUGGUUCCUGCUGGUCCGCCUGUUGUUUCCAUAAUGGAAAAGGCCAGUACAGUUUUCAACAGUGCACAGAGGCUGGAAGUUGUUAGAAACUGCAUCUCAUUCAUAUUUGAAAAUAAAAAUUUGGAGACUGAAAAGACUCUGCCCGCUGCGUUGAGGGCACUAAAAGGAAAGGCAGCUCGACAGUGCCUCACACAGGAGCUAAGCCUGCAUGUUCAGCAAAAUCGGGCAAUACUGGACCACCAGCAGUUUGAUUACAUAGUGCGGAUGAUGAACUGUACUUUACAGGAUUGCAGCUCUCUACUAUUCCACGGAGCAUCUCUUCCUCUUCUGCCACUAAUUAGAUAUUUUUGUAGGAAACUGGCACCUGGAGUUAGUCAGUUUGCUUACACCUGUGUACAAGACCACUCUAUAUGGACUAACCAACAGUUUUGGGAAACCACAUUUUAUAGUGAUGUGCAAAAUCAAGUUCGUUCCCUCUAUCUCACAGCUAGGGAAGACAAUCAUACAAUACCAGCAGCAUCAGUCGCCGACGCUCGCCCCAGUCUGGACCAGGAAAAAACAGCCAUGGACCUGGCUGCUGAGCAGUUGCGUUUAUGGCCAACACUCAAUAAAGAAACUCAGCAGGAGCUAAUACAGAAUGAGGAAAGUACAGUUUUCAGUCAGGCAAUUCAUUUUGCUAACCUCAUGGUCUACCUGCUAGUGCCACUGGACACAAGUAAGAACAAACUAUUGAGAACAUCAGCUACAGGAGACUGGGAGAGUGGAAGCAACAGCAUUGUCACAAAUAGUAUUGCCGGCAGUGUUGCAGAGAGCUAUGACACCGAAAGUGGGUUUGAAGACUCUGAGAACAAUGAUAUUGCCAAUGCAGUUGUACGCUUCAUCACCAGGUUUAUAGACAAAGUAUGUACAGAGAGUGGAGUUACACAGGAUCACAUCAAGAGCCUUCAUUGCAUGAUACCAGGGAUUGUAGCAAUGCACAUUGAGACUCUGGAGGCCGUCCAUCGAGAGAGUAGAAGACUACCACCAAUACAGAAGCCUAAGAUUCUGCGACCAGCUUUGCUGCCAGGAGAAGAGUUUGUGUGUGAUGGUCUCCGUGUGCUGCUGGAUCCUGAUGGGAGAGAGGAAGCAACAGGAGGAUUGCUCGGAGGUCCCCAUAUUCUCCCAGCAGAAGGAGCUUUGUUCCUUACCACAUACAGAAUUAUAUUUAAAGGCACUCCUCAUGAUCAAUUAGCUGGAGAACAGACAGUGAUCCGGAGCUUUCCCAUAGCAUCUAUUAUGAAGGAGAAGAAGAUUACUAUACAGAACCAGCUGCAACAGAAUAUGCAGGAAGGACUGCAGAUCACCUCAGCAUCAUUUCAGUUAAUUAAAGUAGCAUUUGAUGAGGAAGUGAGUCCUGAAGUGGUAGAAAUAUUUAGGAAACAGCUAAUGAAGUUCCGUUAUCCCCAGUCCAUCUUUAGCACCUUUGCUUUUGCAGCUGGGCAAACUGCACCGCAGAUAAUCUUGCCAAAGCAAAAAGAAAAGAACACUUCCUUUCGCACCUUCUCAAAAACAAUUGUGAAAGGAGCCAAACGUGCAGGGAAGAUGACAAUUGGUCGUCAAUACUUAUUAAAGAAGAAGACAGGCACAAUAGUGGAAGAAAGAGGGAAUCGUCCAGGCUGGAAUGAAGAUGAUGAUAUCUCUGUUUCAGAUGACAGUGAAUUGCACACAAGUGGUACUUUGAAAGCCUCAGAAAAGUCAACAAUGGAGCAGUUAGUAGAGAGAGCCUGUUUUAGAGACUAUCAGCGUUUGGGACUGGGGACCAUCAGUAGUAGCUCUUCUCGCUCCAAAACAGAAUACUUCCGAAUAACUGCAUUGAACAGGAUGUAUUCACUUUGUAGAAGCUAUCCUGGACUUUUGGUAGUACCUCAGUCUGUGCAGGACAGCAGUUUGCAGAGGGUAGCUCGUUGUUAUCGUCACAAUCGCCUGCCAGUUGUCUGCUGGAAAAACUCAAAAAUCAGUACUCUGCUGCUAAGAGCUGGGGGCUUCCAUGGAAAGGGAGUUGUCGGCCUCUUCAAAUCUCAAAACACACAUACUGCAGUUCCUCCUAAUUUAGAAUCUUCAAGCAGCAUAGAACAGGAGAAAUAUCUGCAAGCCCUACUGAAUGCAAUUUCCAUCCACUGUAAAAUUAAUGGCAGUAAUACUCUUACUGUAAGGCCAACAAUUGCUUUGUCUCCAGGCACUGAAAGGAGGGCUUCAAGAAUGUCCACUGUGGUUAAGCAGGUAGUGCCAGGACAUUUGGAUGUAAAUCUAUCCAAUAGCUUUGCUCGAGGAGUGCUUGGGUACAGAGAUAAAUGUUUCACUCAGUCAAAUUCCAAAUCAGCAGCUAAGGGAAGAGUCCAUCAAGGUGUAUGGGCAAGUCUUCGUUCUAGCAAUCGAUUUAUCAGCACUCAGGCGCCAUUCAUUGAUGUCGGUGCAAGACUAGCAGGGAAAGAUAACACAGCGUCAUACAGUAACAGUUCAUUUUUGCAAAACCAGCUUCUGAAACGCCAAGCUGCCCUCUACAUAUUCGGAGAAAAAUCUCAGUUAAGGGGCUUCAAACUUGAUUUUGCUUUGAAUUGUGAAUUUGUUGCUGUUGAGUUCAGUGACAUCCGACAGGUGAAAACUAGUUUUAAAAAGAUGAUGAGGGUUUGUGUUCCCAGUACUAUUCCUACAGAUUCUGAAGUAACAUUCCUUAAGGCACUCGGUGAAUCAGAGUGGUUCCCACAGCUUCACAGGAUAAUGCAGCUGGGUGUGGUGAUAUCAGAGCUCCUUGAGAAUGGUUCUUCAGUUAUGGUUUGUUUGGAAGAUGGUUGGGAUAUUACUGCACAGGUGGUGUCUCUGGUGCAAUUACUCAGUGAUCCAUUCUACAGGACACUUGAAGGCUUCCAAAUGUUAGUGGAAAAAGAAUGGCUCUCUUUUGGUCAUAAGUUCAAUCAGCGUAGUAAUGUGACCCUCAGUUGUCAGGGUAGUGGAUUUGCUCCCAUUUUCUUACAGUUCCUGGACUGUGUGCAUCAGAUUCACAACCAGUAUCCAACAGAGUUUGAAUUCAAUCAAUAUUUCUUGAAGUUCUUAGCUUUCCACUACGUUUCAAAUAGAUUUAAAACAUUUCUUCUGGAUUCAGACUAUGAAAGACUAGAACAUGGGACAUUGUUUGAAGAUAAAGGAGACAGACAUGCCAAAAAGGGAAUCUGUAUUUGGGAAUGUAUUGAAAAAAUGCACAAAAGGAGCCCCAUUUUCUUCAAUUACCUAUAUGCACCUGUUGAAACAGAGGCAUUAAAACCAAGUGUAAAUAUGUCCAGCCUGAAAACAUGGGAUUACUAUAUGGAAGAGACCUUGGCCACAGGUCCUUCCUAUGAUUGGACCGUGGUUACUGCAAAAUGCAACACUUCAGAGGAAGCUGACCAAAUGGAUGGUUCAUUUCCCCAAAGUAGGAGGAAAAUAGUGUGGCCAUGCUAUGAUGAUGUUAGCAAAGUGCAACCUGAUGCAAUCACGAGCCUCUUAAAUGAAAUCGAAAGACUGGAGAAUAAAUUAAAUCAGAGCCCAGAAAGGUGGCAGCUCUUGUGGGAAAGGGUCUCCAUGAAUCUUAAAGAUGACACAAAACAAGACAAUCCACGAAGACAUCCUUCUGGCUCAUCAGGGAUAAUGUCUACUAAUCCACAUUCCUAUCAGAAGAGGUCUUUGUUGCAUUUACCUGACAGUGGUCUGGGUGAAGAACAAAGUGCCAGCAUCUCUCCCUCUAAUGGAAUGGACAGACGAGCAACCACACUAUACAAUCAGUUCACAUCAAAGAAUGAUGAGAAUAGGUCUUUUGAAGGUACACUUUACAAAAGAGGAGCUUUGUUAAAAGGUUGGAAACCUCGCUGGUUUGUACUGGAUGUGACAAAACACCAGCUGAGGUAUUAUGAUUCUGGUGAAGACACAAGCUGCAAGGGACACAUUGAUCUUGCAGAAGUCGAAACAGUGAUUCCUGCAUCUCCAACAAUUGGCGCACCAAAGCAUGCUAGUGAGAAAGCAUUUUUUGAUCUGAAGACAAGUAAACGGGUGUAUAAUUUCUGUGCCCAAGAUGCACAGAGCGCCCAGCAAUGGAUGGACAGGAUCCAGAGCUGUAUUUCAGACGCGUAGCAGAGACUACCCUUCCACUGCCAACUGCAGAAGAGAAAUGCUGUCAGCACUUCAUGUUGCAAGAAGAUACAUUUUGAAAUGCUAUUACAGAACAAGCAACCUUCCUUUCAAUUCAGUCAUAAAUACUCAGUAUAUGCUGAAGCAUCUUCUCUGUUUAAGUAUUAUAACCACUAUAACUUCUCUUGCUAGGAGAACUUUUCAAAUUAGUAAUCUGUUUAGCCUGAAAUAUAACUCUUUUCCAUAUGAUUCCUAGCUAAAUGAGCCUGCUCUACACACUGAAAUAUGCUACCAUCUAAUACUGUUUUUCUAAUCAGAGUUGCAUCAGAAAAACUGUCUAGCUAGAAUUGUGGACAUUUUUCCUCAAAUAGUGUUCUGUUUUCACAGAGUUUUAAUAUUUAAACAAAAUGGUCCAAAUUUUCAAGCUAGUUGUGUAUCUGGAAGAACAUUUCUACAGUUUCUAAGAAAAGUUUAGGUUUGUGAAUUCAGUGACAUGCAUAGCAGACUGGCAAAUGUCACUUAAUAUUUUUAAAGACCAAAAAUCAAAACCUUAAUUUUCAAAAAAAGGUUUCUUCUCAAAUCUGCUAGCUGCUCUCUAACCUCUUGCUCUAAAUCAUGUUUCUGCAAUUUUAUUGUUAAUAUAUGGCAUUUCAAGUUCCCACUGUUUAGCUAAAGAAUAUGCUUUUUGGGUAUUCUAUUUGCCCAUUAUAAUAGGAUAAUGGAAAGAAAACUGGCUGAUAAUAACAAGAAGAAACUGGUCACAAAUUAAAACAUUUAUAGGAGAAAAAUCUGAGUAUGAAAAGUUGUAUAUGUUUAUUUAUGUUCUGUUCUGCUCACUGUAAAGUAAAAAAUAACAAACACAAUGAUAAAUGCACUAAACAAUAAAGCAAACACUUGCACUGAAAUAGUUGAAAUGCAGACAGUUUGCAGGACAGAGGUAAGUUAUUUAUAGCAGAACAAUGCUAGCUAGAUAACCUUUACAAAUACUAAAUAUGUACAUAAUUUGGUUUGAUGUGAUUUGAUACUUUAAAACCAUUUUUGCACAUAAAUUGGAAGACUGUUUUAGAUUUUUACAUUUAGUAACAUUGUGUUUGUUCAUCUUAAAAUCUUUGAGGAAUGUUGUUGGGUUAUUUUUAUAUAUAGCCCAAAAUUACUAGAGGUUUUAUUUGCUACAGUUUGUGAUGACAUGGAGUGGAGUCUUUAGAUAAAAACCAUUGUGAGGUUUUUUUUUAAUGUUAAUAUGUUAAAUAUCCAACUAAUAUUUCAUAGAGUUUGUAUAUAUGAUUUGGUAUUUUCUGAUUUUUUUUUCCAGACAUUCUGCUUAUAAUUGUUAAUAUCAGACUAACCUAACUGACUUCAUUUCAUUUAUAGGAUUUCAAUUAUUAAAUAGUUUGUCACCUUUUUUUAACCACUUUUCAUUUUUUGACUGAAUAAUAUUCAAUUUCACACUGCACACAGAAUAGGAAAUGCAGCUGUUUUAAUACAUAUGUAAUUUUUUUAAAGGAAUGAAGGAUUUUUUUAGCAUUUUCAACUGAUAAAUCUCCACCUGUGAAAAUGGUGUUUGCACAUUUGUAUUUUUCUGUGUAUAUGAAGUACUUUUAUAUGUACUUUGUAAAAUACUGAUCCCACUGUUUUUAAGGUUAUUUGAAAAUGUACACAACACAUCUUAUUUUGUAACUAGGUUAUUUUAACUAUUUUAUGUAUGUUACAUGACUUAUGUAUGCUAACCAUCUUGUAAUAAAUACACUUCUUUUUUUUAAAAAAAUCCUUCCUUUACUGUGAAAGAUUAUAUCGGUAUAGUGCAAUACUCACAGAAUAAAGCUCUUAUUAUAUCUUGUACCAUAACACAAAAUCCCAAACUUCCUGGUAUUAAAAUGAGUGGGGUUUUGUGUAUACUUGUAUAUAUUCCUAUACAAAAAAUGCACAUUGAGAAACCUUAGCUAAAAGUUAAACAUCUAUCAGCAAAAAUGCUAUAAACCGAGGAAAUUUGAAUUUAAAGCAACAGUAUCAUCCAUAAUUCAGUCUCAAUUUACAUACCUUUCCCAAAGACCAAACACAUAAUUAUUGCACUUAGUCAUUAAAUAAUAACAUUAGGUAUAAAGAAACCAGAACCUUCACUGCACAGUUUCUCAACACAACUCUGCCAUAUGUCAAAGCCAUAUAUCUUACUUAUUUAUACAAUUUUAUAUUUAAAUUAACUAGUUUAUAAGAAAUUAAAAGGUUAGAGUUGAAAAUGUGCAUCUGAAUUUGGUCCUUAUUUACUGGAUGCAUAUGCAUUUGUGCAGGAGUUGGAAUGGAAAAGGAGUGUUAUAGAGGUGAGCAGUCAGUGACUCUAGUUGGAUAUUGUGAAGCUUGGGUGGUAAGGUUUGUAAAUUGAGUUUGGUGUGGCUAUUAAGGUUUCUUAAAGUGUUGAUCUCAGUUUUUAGCAUCUGCGUCAAUGGAAAAUGCACUUAACUCUAAAAAUUCUAAAUAAAACACAAUACGUUUUAAGUAUAAA